CAGAAAGCGUUUUUAAAUGAAAUCGAAUACAUGACUAGUUCGAGUCCCGUGAAAUUUCCCCACAGUAAAAAACCAAAACAGCCCCGGUACCACCAGCCGUCAUACAUGCACGGCCGCCAACCGCAUCUCCCUAAGUUCGACGUCAACGACAGACCUCAAUUUUGACGUUUCAUCCUAAAAGAACAAGAUCGUGGCGAGAGCGGAGAAUCAUCGUUCGCAAUCCGCAGGAGAUACCCAUCGUCGUGAUCGACUAUCUCUCGUCGCGCGACUUUCUUCGCAAAAUUCUGAGAUUCAGUCGAAAUUCCCGUCAACAGUUACCGCGCACACGUACGUCAUCCCCUGCCAUUCAAAACCCGCAUCAUCUGUGAUAUGUUUUAGUUAGGGAUCUCGACGUGUUUUCCAUUAAAAAAAAAUCAAUUUAUCGCGGCCGAAAAUUAUCUUUGGUCCGCCUAAAAUUUUCCCAUAAAUUAGCCGCACACAAUCGAGUGUUGUUCAAACACAAUGCCGAGCGGCGAGCAAUCGAAAGUGGUCGCGACCACGGCGGCCAGCAGUAAUUCCGCGAGCGAACAGUCGUCGGAAGCUGGAGCGCAAGGUCAAGACGGCCAAGUCGCGCCGGGGACUCCGGGUGCCCCGCAGCAGCCGCAGCCCACACGGAUGGAGUCCUUCAUGGCGCUGGCCAAAUCGCUGAUCAUCCGGGCGCUGAUUAUCUACUUCAUCUCAUCGUUUUUCCGGAAACCCGUAGCACCACAAAAUGACCCGCAAAAGAACCCAGCGGCGACCGGCCCCCGGGUGUCCGCCUGGAACUUCUUCGAGAACGGAACGUACUUUGACCUGCACGUGUACCUGUCCGAAAGUUACGACCACGCUGAUUUUGAAAAUCCAGAGAGUCUGAUAUGGUUCCAGCCCGGCCUUGUGUACGGCGACUGGAGCAGCGGCGCGGACGGGGACGGCACUUACGUGCACCACAAGCAGAUCAAGGCCUCAGAAAAUCUGAUGCGAAACGGCUCCAUUUACUUGCAUGCGUUUGUCACGAAGAUGGGCCGCAGUCCUAACCCGAAGGCUGGGGAUAACUACGCCGGACAGAUGAUGGGACACGCACAAAGGAUGCUGAACAAGUACAAGAAGCUCCGAGCGAAUCGCAACUACAACCUCCUGAGCGGCGGCCCAACCCCUAGCGAAGAGGUAGCCGCGGCAGCACAAAAGGACAUAAUCGUGUCGCAUUGGCAUCCAAAUCUCACGAUUAAUCUGGUGACGGACCAGACAAACUGGGUGCGGGGAUCGAUUCCGCAACCGCUGGACGAGUACGUGGAGUUCGUUCAUGAUGGACGCACUUACCUUCCUAUUGUGUUCCUCAACGACUACUGGAACAUGGCCCGCGAAUACAUGCCCAUUAACGAGACAACUCCCGUACUUGAUCUCACCCUCACAUUCCAGCCCCUGAGCCUAUUCAAGUGGCAGCUGUACGCGGCACAAGCCAUGAAGCACAAAUGGACGAGCAACAUCUUCGGAGAAUUGAUGUCGGGUGGCGGCGGCGAGGAGACUGACGAGGACCAGGAUUCCCUCAAGGAGACACUGCUCGAGACAAACCCGUACCUACUAGGCCUCACAAUCGCCGUUUCCAUUUUGCAUUCCGUAUUCGAACUGCUCGCCUUCAAAAACGACAUUCAAUUCUGGAACAACAGAAAGUCCCUGGAAGGACUCUCGGUGCGGUCCGUGUUCUUCGGCGUUUUCCAGUCGCUGAUCGUGCUCCUGUACGUCUUGGAUAACGAGACAAAUUUCAUGAUUCGAAUCUCGUGCUUCGUCGGACUCGGCAUUGAAGUGUGGAAGAUCCAGAAGGUGGUGGACAUCAAAACCGACUCCAGCAGGAAGUUCCUAGGCAUAUUCCCGCGCCUCGAAUUCAAAGACAAAGGGUCCUACGUGGACUCCUCGACGCGUCAGUACGACAAUCUAGCAUUCAAAUACCUGGGCUGGGUGUGCUUCCCGCUUCUCGUAGGCUACUCGGUGUACUCGCUCAUCUACAACGAGCACAAGGGUUGGUACUCAUUCAUCCUCAACAUUCUCUACGGCUACCUGCUCACCUUCGGGUUCAUCAUGAUGACGCCACAGCUCUUCAUUAACUACAAACUGAAGUCCGUUGCCCACCUGCCGUGGCGGAUGAUGACCUACAAAUUCCUCAACACCUUCAUUGACGACAUCUUCGCCUUCGUGAUCAAGAUGCCGACGAUGUACCGCCUGGGCUGCUUCCGCGACGACAUUGUCUUCUUCAUCUUCCUGUACCAGCGCUGGAUCUACAAGGUGGACCACAAGCGCGUCAACGAGUUCGGCUUCUCGGGCGAAAUGGAAGAGGAGGCCAAGAAGCGGGUGGCCGUCGCGGCUAACUCGAACCACGUGCCCGUCGGUGAGGACGCAGCCGCUGUGGCGGACAGUGCGCCCGCCGCGGAGCCCAAGAAGAGUCCGGCAGCAAAGAAAAAAGACUAGGUAGGAACUAGUGCAACACAAAUGUAAUCAGAGUAAUAUUAAAGUUACGUAGGUAAACUAAUAGCGGCGCGAGAGGGCAGUCUUAGCUUAAGUUCCGUUGGAUAGGAUAUGAUUUAGUUUGUCCCCGCCCUUGAGUUGUUUUUUCUGUUUAUUGUGUUAAUAUAUGAUAUAUGAUUGCGGAGCCGUUAGCCUGGUUAUGAAUGGUCCCCAUCCCCGCCUCUGUUUGUCCCAUUUUGUUGUCUCAUCCCCUUUGUCUUGCGAGCAGUGUCGGAUGCUCUAUCUCCCGAGAUAAGGCGCGAAAUAAACCUCUGCCGUUCUAAAUGUGUGUGAAAUGCUAAAGAUAAAUGAAUAAGAUGUAAUACUGAGAUAAAUAUUAUUGGUAAAAUAAACUACCAAAAAAGUAUACAGAAA